AUGCCGACAAUAUGGUAUCAACCCUCUAUGAUUCUCAAGAACGUCCACUACGCUGAGUCCGCCCACGGCGAAACAAACGAGACCAGGAUUCCGAGCCACGUAUCGACUAAGGCGCGUGAGCUGUCGGAAACCAGUGUGCCCGCACAUCGCAAGCCUGAAGAGCUCGUCCCUCGACUAUACGGGUCCGGUGGCUGCUUCUCGUCGUCUCCGCUCUGUCUGAACUCACAGAUCGGAAGCGUAAUAAUCACAAGCCUGAACAAGCUCCAGCGUCGUCGCCUGCAGAACCGCGUAUCACAACGAGCCUUCCGUCAACGGAAAGAACAGCGCCUUCGGGUCUUGGAGGAGUUGCUCGCUGGUUGGAAGAUCAAGCACGAGAAACUGUCGGAAGCCUACUGUGAGCAGUCUGGCAAGCUUGAGAGAAUCAGGGCGGAGGCAGAGCGGCUGUUGCGAGAAGUCGAUGAAUUGCGGCGAGGAUUGUGUGGGUCGGACGGGGACGAGUGGUAUUUCGAGCAGUGGCAGACAGCAAGCUGGGAUCAAGACUUUGGAGAGUCGUGGCAUCUCGCCGGAGACGACAACUGUGCCACUUCAGCUGGAGGUACUGGCGCGAAUGUCAAAUCUGAGCAUGGUGAUAGGUGUCUCGAUCCCGACGGCGCGACCGACAACGCUCCAGGAGACCAGCAACUGUGA